CAUCUUAUAUCAUGGUGAAACAUGGGAGUUGAUGGGGCGCAGAUGGGGAAAAAUAGAAAAAGAUUUUUACACAAAGCAAAAGAGAUUUGAUAUUUCUAAAAUCCCAGAUAUAUAUGACUGCAUUAAAUAUGAUUUACAGCAUAACAACCACACUUUACAGUUUGAGCAUGCAGAAGAACUUUAUAUAUAUUCAAAAUAUUUAGCUGACAUUGUUAUACCUCAGGAAUACGGACUAACUGUACAAGAAAAAUUAACAAUCGGCCAAGGAAUUUGUACACCUUUAUUGAAGAAAAUUCGUGCUGAUCUCCAAAGAAAUAUUGAAGAGCCAGGAGAAGAGUCUGUCAAUCGAUUGAAUCCUAGGUAUUCACAUGGUGUAUCAAGUCCCGGUAGACACGUUCGAACAAGACUAUAUUUUACUAGCGAAAGUCAUGUGCAUUCACUGUUAACUGUUUUGCGGUAUGGCGGUUUGCUCGAUGUCAUAAGUGAUGAGCAAUGGAGGAGAGCGAUGGAGUACGUGAGUAUGGUUUCAGAGCUGAACUAUAUGUCCCAGAUUGUUGUAAUGCUAUACGAAGACCCUACGAAGGAUCCCAGCAGUGAAGAGCGUUUUCACGUAGAAUUACACUUUAGUCCAGGUGUUAACUGUUGUGUACAAAAAAACUUACCACCUGGACCAGGUUUUCGGCCGCAUUCACGCAACGAAAGCAAUAAAAAUCAUUCAGAAACUAGUCCUAAUCAAGGCAAUACUUCUCAGUACGGUACUCGUAUAGAUGAAGAAGAUAUAGAACUUAACAUUUUUGAAGAUGACGUGCUGGUUCCUAUUUGUGACCUUGUAAAUAUAUCUUCGACCGCAGUCGAAGUUGGUAUUACUAAUCUAACUUUGGAUAUGCCAACACCAAGCAAAACAAUUGAUAUGAUGAAUCUUGAUCCAUUUAUUAUGGAUGAACCUUAUGAUAGCGGAUUUUUACAAACUUCAGCACCGAUACCUAUAAGUGCAAGAACUGUUGCUGGACAUGAAGCUUCGAGACUCGGUAGCCAGUUAGCAGCUAGUCAACGACAAAGUCGUGAAAGAGAAUCUGGUAUAUGCGAACAAAGAGCUAAAAGCUAUGAUUAUCAACGCCAGAAAAAAUCGGAUGAAACAAAACGUCAUCGUCAUAGUAUUUCCGGACAAAUGAAUUACUUCAAGCUUAUGGGUUACAAUAUCAAUAAAAAGCUCACUGGCUCAACCAACAGUCUCUUUAGUACCGCUGUUAUUAGUGGAUCAUCAAGCGCACCGAAUCUUAAAGAUAUGGUACAGCAUCAUGCUUCGGCUAUUGCUGCUAUUGAAGGCUUUGGAGGUGUACCACCGAUCCGACCUUUGGAGACGCUUCAUAACGCACUGUCAUUGCGUCAGCUUGACUCCUUUCUUGAAGCGAUGACUAUAACACCAAUGUUUCGUACGCCUGCCUCUUCACCACCUAAAGUAUCACCUGUUAGCAUUGCCGAUGGUCAACAGCAAAACCUCAUAGCCAUUGAUAGUAUAAGGUACGUGACUGCGAUGUCAAUUCAUUCCAAAGAAACUAUGUUCAACAGUGAAUUGAACGAUAUUAAGCACCAUAUUUCUCCAACAAGUCCAACCAGUAUCACGUGGAGCAGCGAAUCAUUUAUAUCUUCUGAGCCAUCGUCUCCUAGUUUGAACUCUGCAGGAAAAUACAGUAUACCAAUAAGAUUAGCUAGCACUGAUCGGUCUCAAGUACCUCCAAGUAGUCAGGUCAAAUAUUCAAUCAACCAUGGACAUGAGUUCGACUACGUCGAAUAUUGCAUGCGAAUCGAGCAAGAGACGCGAGAAAGUCGUGGUAGUGUUUCUUACACGGACUACUACAGCAACGAAGAUGGGCAAAUACGGCGAUCUGUUAAUGAUAAUUGUCUACCCCUUUUUGUAAAACCUGUUUAUUGUGCAACUUCAUCGACUGAACAUUCAUGCAGAAAUAAAGGUGAUGUCAACCAUGAUUUUAGUGGGGAUCAUAUUACUACAUGUAUCAACGAAAUAAAAGAUGAAGGUAAUCAUGACGCUUAUAAUAAUAAAGAUCGCACGUUGAUUUUCGAACAAUCUGAAGAUACCAGACAUGAUGUUCAGUAUGCCUUCAAACAGCCCAAUAAUAAGAGCAGUAUUAACUAUAAGAGAAUUGGCAGAUUUUGUGUUCAAAGUAUGGAUAUUGCUGACAGCGAUGUGCGUAUUAGAGAAACUAGUCGAUUUGAUUCGAGCUUAUUUUUGAAAGCCCAGUCUACUGUAAAUCUCUCAACAACCUCAGCUGUGAAAAAAGCAAAUAGUUUACUACGCUCACAGAGUGUUUAUAUGCCUAAAAUAGCUAAAAAUAAUAAUAAUAGUAAUAUGGAUACCAUUUUGAAAGAAAAACUCUAAAUUUAUCGAUACUUAUAACAUUCUUAAUCUAAAACCAUCAAAAAUUCACUCGAAGAUUAUGUGUCUUCGAAAGCAUGUAACUCACUGGUAAAAUAACCAUUCUUUACUAUAGUUUACAGAAAAUUUGAUCUUUUCAAAUAAUUUAUUGAUAACCUUAUCAUUUUCUAUAUUUUUUAGUAUUAUAAUUUUUACUGUGUAUAUUUCUUAUAUGAAACAUAUAUAAUGAAUGAUACAAUCAAUAAAAUCAA